CCAGGGAUGAGUGCUGCAGGCCACCCGCCCACCCGCUUCCACCGAAUCCACGGGGUCAAUGUCUGCAUCGACCCUUCGGGCACCCAGGCCACCCGCGUGGAGAGCUUUGCCAAUGGCGUCUGCUUCAGCCGGGAGCCCCUGGCGCCUGGGCAGAUCUUCCUGGUGGAGAUCGAGGAGAAGGAGCUGGGCUGGUGUGGCCACCUGCGGGUGGGGCUGACCGCCCAUGACCCUCGCAGCCUGGAGAUCGUGCCCGAGUACACCCUGCCAGACCUGGUCAACCUGGGCAACAGCUGGGUGUUUGCCAUCACCCGCAACCACAACCGGGUCACCCAGGACACUGCCGGGGCAGAGGCCUCCGCCCGGGUGAGGGGCUUCCUCUCUGACCCCUACUUGCUCAUCGAGACGGUCAGGAUCCCUCGGGACAAGCUGGUGGGUCGCAGCAGGCCAGGCCGCUACAGCCACCUCCUGGACGACCUGUACAGGACCAACGUUCUCCCUGCCACCGCCCGGAGGAGCAGGAUCGGGGUGCUGUACGCCCCGCAGCCGGACGGGACAGCCGACAUGCACAUUGUCAUCAACGGCGAGGACAUGGGUCCCAGCGCCAGGGGCCUCCCGGCCUCCCGGCCCCUUUACGCCGUGGUCGACAUCUUUGCUUCCACCAAGAGCGUCCGCCUCAUCCAGGUGGAAUACGGAUUCCCCUCCCUGCAGACCCUCUGCCGGCUGGCCAUCCAGAAGCAUGUUGUCCACCGGCUAGACAUAGAUGGGCUCGACCUCCCUCCAUCGCUGAAGAACUUCUGCAAAUACGAGUGAAGUGACCAAGGCUUCUUCUUCGCCUGCACGAGUUGCCCACCCAAGAGACUUGAUGGAGAGUCCGCAAGAACAAGCCGAGAGCAGUGAAGCCGCAUUUCGUCCUUGCUCUGUCCCCCGAAUGCCAGCCUUAUGGGCCUCCCUUCCCAUGUAGCCGCCGGGGCAGCCACGUAUAUGGCGAGAGACUCCACCACCACCAGCCCUCCAAACAACAGCAGGACCUUGAAAGAGCAGGAACAGUCCAAGGGAAGAUUUGAUUUUCAGAUGUAGCGGUGAACUGGAAGCACCAGCCCACUGCCCUGUUUCGAGGUAUAUUGGGAACUACAGAAUAUGCUCUGACAGACAGCCUACGCGGAAAGAGAUUUUAAAUGUUUUUUUUAAAGAUCACUAGGAGAUUCUGCUUACUUCGAACGUGCCAAGAAUGUUUCUGCAGGAAAAAUUCAGCCUUGAGCGAGUUUGGUAAGCGAGGAAGUGCCCUAUUUUUCUCGCUGAUCCAGCUCUCGGAACAUAGGCAUGCUUUCCCUCCGAGAAGGUGACUUAACUUCUACACACGUAUAAAGCUAAGGCGAGGGAGCAGCUCUACACAAGCAUGUUGUUCUGACCCGACAUCACUGUAAUGUCAAAACAAAAUUUAAAAAAUCCUUCCAGUAGCACCUCUUAGAGACCAACUAAGGUGCUACUGGAAGGAUUUUUAAAUUUUUUUUUAACUGCUUCAGACCAACCCGGCUACCUACCUGUAACUAUCACUGUAAUGUGUUUACAGGAGAAAUGCACUAGGUAGACCUUUCUGUGACGUGAACUCCAAGGCCCAGAGGAUGUCGCUGGUGUGGGGAAAGGGUGGCAACACAGCACACUAGGCUUCAUGGAAGUCAUGCCAGUUUAAUAAAAGCUGCCUUAGAACAGCAACAA